AUGUGUAGCAAACAGCUCCAGGCUAUCUCCAUAGAAACACCAAGUAGGAGCCCCAGGGGCUAUCUGGGUAUUACUGGAGCCUUCCCAAGAACCACAGAGACUUUCAUCUCCUGGACAGUACAUCUGUCAGUAAAUCAGUCGGCCAAAAAAGCUCACCACAUUUUGGGUGAGAUAGAUAGCCAGAUAGAUACUUAUACUUCAGAUGAACAAGAAAGCUUGGAAGUUGCAAUUCAGUGCUUAGAGACAGUUUUCAAGAUCAGCCCAGAAGAUACUCACCUUGCUGUAUCACAGCUGCUGACAGAAAUGUUCACAAACUCCUUCUGUAAGAAUGACAUUUUGCCAUUCUCAAAUUCUUUGCCUGAAGAUGUGGGGAAAGCAGAUCAAUUGAAGGAUGAAGGUAAUAACCACAUGAAGGAAGAAAACUAUGGUGCUGCAGUGGAUUGCUAUACACAGGCCAUAGAACUGGACCCAAAUAAUGCAGUUUAUUAUUGCAACAGGGCUGCUGCCCAAAGCAAACUAGGUCACUACUCGGAUGCAAUAAAGGAUUGUGAGAGAGCAAUAGAAAUCGAUUCCAAGUACAGCAAAGCCUAUGGGAGAAUGGGGCUAGCCCUUACUGCUAUGAAUAAAUAUGAAGAAGCAAUUACAAGUUAUCAGAAAGCACUGGAUCUUGACCCAGAAAACGAUUCUUAUAAGUCUAAUUUGAAAAUAGCAGAACAGAAAUUAAGGGAGGUGGCCAGUCCUACGGGUACAGGACUAAGCUUUGACAUGGCUAGUUUGAUCAACAAUCCAGCCUUCAUUAGCAUGGCGGCAAGUUUACUGCAUUGGGAAAUCCCAAGUAUUUCAAAGUGA